AUGAAAUCAAUCUCGUCGGAAACUGGUCGAUGUGUCGAGGACUGGAGCAAGUACCGGCUUUACGACUAUGACCACCACGCGUCGGUUCAUGCCCUUGGGCUGAAGCAUAAUCCCACAAGAGGACUGACACAUGUCUUCCUCAAGUCCGUAAAUUAUGUUCCGAACGGUGGAAAGGAUGUGGUCGAUCGAUUCGAAGUCGUCGCAGCGGGGGUCUUCGCCAUCAGCGAUGUGUUGACGGAGAUGGACUCCCUAAUGAACUACAAUCCCGGUGAAGCCAAACAGGUGGUAGACGAGCUCGUUGAGGAGUUUAAUCGAGGAAUGGACCGCGAUGGGACCAGGGUCGCGUUCUUCAGCCUGUUGUUUUCCGACGAUAAGAAUCUCAGUGCUUAUCUGAGUACAGGUAUGCUCUGGAAUGUCGCUGAUGCCGUCGCAGAAUGGUCUAAUUCGUUCUUCCUCUUCUCAUCCUCAGGAUAG